UCAUUGCGUUUUGCUAUUUGGUAUUGGUAUUGAAAAUAGGAGAAUAUGGUAAAUGGGAAAGUGUCCAAUACAUAUGCACGUACGUAUGUAGCUGCUGCUCCCGCUCCUGUUGCUAUUCUCGCUCCUGCUCUCGCUCUCUCUCUUUGGGCUAUUUCAAUUCUCGAUCCUGCUCCUGCCGUUAUACGUGCUGCUGCUGCUGCUCGCACAAAAGAGCAGCGACGUCGGCAGCGGGGGUUGCAUCGACGGCCGCCGCUCUUUAAAACCAGCUGCGCUCGGCUCGAGAACUACAUUUGUUUUCUGUUCGUCGUCGUGUCAACAUCUGCGCCUCGAGCUGCUCUCCCUCUCUCUGCCAUUCGUACGGUAGUGAAGUAAAUUUGUGUGUGUGUUUGUGUUAAAACGAUUGGGAUAUAAAAUAUUAAUACAAAACGCAGCACACAAAGAACUCACAAAGUACGUGCAACUACAAACAAAUGCAAUAAUGUUAAAACGGACACAAUAAUAAUAAGAAUGAUGCAAAACUCCAAAAAUAAACACAUAUACUAUCUGCAACAGCAAAUGCAAUAUUAGUUUUUAACAAAUACAUUUUACAAAUGAAACAACAAAUUCAACGAAGGACUACCAAGUGCAAAGUCGCAACUAACGAAAACGAAACGAACUAACAAAUUAACUGUAAAUGUGCCAGCAAAAGAGACGUGUGAGAAUUGUGUUUUAGCAAUUUUCAAAAAGAUCCCCAAAAGAGAAUCGGAAAACAUUCACGAGCUGAAAUUCUUCCACCGAAAUAGCCAAAUAAUAUUUGCGGUAUUUUCUACAAAAUAAAUAAAUUAACUAAUUCAAAAUGCUGUGGGAAUCAAUUGCCGAAGAGAACAAUUGCGCCAUGGAUUGCAAUAUCAGCAACAUGAACAACAAAAACAACAGCAGUCGCCGCGUUCGCCGUGCGCUGACCAACAACACCAACACCAACAACAACAUGAACAACAUCAUGGCUAUGGAUGCUGAGGAGGAGCUUUCGUUCUACGACGAUGACGCUUUGCCGUUAUCGUCGCCGUCGCAGCGGUCGGUCAGCCCGGCGUUGCUCGGUCUGCUCUCGCCCGAGGGCUCGCCGCAGCGUUUUCAAAUUAUCCGCCAGCCCAAGCUCUUGCAGCAGCAACAGCCGGUGGCAACCCCAGCAGCGGCAGCUGGCAGCGCUGCUACACCUGCGCGCAGCUUUCGCAUAUUCAACAGCCUCUCCUCGUCGGGCUCCAUGGAGUCGUCCAUGGAUGAUGAGUACAUGGAGCUGUUCGAAAUGGAAUCCUAUGCUGGCGUCCAACAACCAACCCCAUCCUCCUCGCUCACACUGCCCAGCGGGCUUAACUCGCUGAUCAGCGGGCAAAUCAAGGUGCCGCCCAAAUCUCCGGAGGCCCUGACCAUGAUGAUGCGACGUCCGUCGGUGCGCCGUUGCCUCAGUAUGACAGAGACGAAUAGCAAUCAGCUAGCAUUAUCACAACAACAACAACAACAGCAACCAAAGACGUCAGAGACUGCACGGGAUUGCUUCAAGCGUCCCGAACCGCCCGCAUCGGCCAGCUGCUCACCCAUCCAGAGCAAGCGUCACCGUUGCGUCGAGAAGGAGAACUGCCCCACCGCUGCCACUGCCACAGCAACAACCACAUCAACCCACCCACCUCCUCUGCGCAAAAGCAUGUCGCUCAAUGAUGCUGAAAUCAUGUCCGCUUUGGCACGCUCGGAGAAUCACAAUGAGCCGCAGCUAAUUGGCGACUUUAGCAAGACGUACGCCCUGCCACUGAUGGAGGGACGUCACCGGGAUCUCAAAUCGAUCUCCAGCGAGACGGUGGCGCAACUGUUGAACGGCAAGUUCGAUCACCAGGUAGCCAGUUAUCGCAUCAUCGACUGCCGCUAUCCGUACGAAUAUGAUGGCGGGCAUAUUCGAGGCGCCAAGAACCUCUACACCCACGAGCAGAUCCUUGAGGAGUUCCUGAGCGCGACACAGACUGAGCUGCAGCAGCAGCAAAAUGCCGCCGCCGGCAACAAGCGCCACAUCAUCAUCUUCCACUGUGAGUUCUCGUCGGAGCGUGGCCCCAAAAUGUCGCGAUUCCUGCGCAACCUGGAUCGGGAGCGCAACACGCAUGCGUAUCCGGCCCUGCACUAUCCGGAGAUCUAUCUGCUGCACAACGGCUACAAAGAGUUCUUCGAGACACAGUCGGAGCUCUGCCAGCCGAGCGCGUAUCGCCCGAUGCUGGAGCCGGCCUACAAUGAGGCCUACAGACACUUUCGGGCCAAGUCCAAGUCCUGGAAUGGUGAUGGGGGCGCUGGAGGCGCUGCAACGGGUCGCUUUAAGAAGUCGCGUUCGCGGCUGAUGCUGUAGAUGCGACUGCUUCUUCAUCAUUUUUACGACUGGGUGGCAACGCCCGCAGAAAAUCACUCGUAUUUGUAAAUAGAGAAACAGAGAUAGAGAUAGAGUUGGGUAUUUAUUUCAUUUAUAAAGAGAAAAACCUUUUAAGUUGAUUUUGUUGAUUUUGAUUUGUUAAUUUUAGUUAAGACUUAAUUGUAAAGCUACACACACACACAUACAAACAAACACAUACACUGAAUCCCCUACACACACGCUGAUGUACAUUUUAAGAUUUUAACGUUCUUUCUCUUGAAUCUUAAGUUCGUUCUUUUCUUUGAUCAAUUUUUGUUUACUUGUUUUUUUAUAUAUGAAAAUUUUUAACAUUUUAGUUCAAUUAACUUAGAGCUUUAGUUUGAAUUUGUGUAACGUAACAAGAAAUGUGCAUUAUAAUCUAAAAUGAAAAAUUAAUGUCAUAAAAAUUUAAGCGGCCCACAUCCCCUCCCCAUACCCCUCACUAGUUGAUAAGCAGAAACAGGCUAAAGAUACACACACACAUAUAAUCAUCAAACAUACAUACAUACACACGCACACAUACACAUUUAUAUAUUUUAGCUAUGUUAAGCUUAAGAGUUGAAAGUUGAAAACUUGUGUUAGGUACAAUUUACGCUUAUUCGUUUAAUUAACCCCUCCCCUCGACCAAUGAACAAACACUGAACAAAAACAAAAUGAAAAACAAAACAAAAACAAACAAACAUCCCCUUAUUAUAUAAUGAUUAUUUUAAGCAAAGCUUAUUUUUGCAUCAAAAAAGGCAAUAUUAUUGAAAAAGAUAUGUACAUUUUAAAUAUAAAGACAAAACCCUGAACUGAAAA